AUGGUCGCAUCCGUCGCAGCGCUGCAGCCUCCCAAGGCUUUGCAGGCCAUCCUCUUCGACAUCGAUGGGACGCUCUUUGACUCUGACCCCGUGCACCUGCGCGCGUUCCAAAAAAUCCUCGUGGAAGAGGGUUUCAACGGAGGCGUCGAGAUCGACGAGGCGUUCUUCAUGAAGACGAUCAGCGGCCGGCAGAACAAGCUCAUCUGCCGGGACAUCUUCCCGGAGUGGGACGAGGCGCGCUCCGAGGCGUUCUCCGCGCGCAAGGAGCAGAUGUUCCGCGACAUGAGCAGAGGCGGCCUCGCGCCCAUCGACGGCUUGAUCGACUUCAUGGGCGAGAUCGACCGCUGCGGCCUCCGCAAGGCCGCGGUGACGAACGCGCCGCGGCUCAACGCCGAGUCGAUGCUCGACGGCAUCGAGCGGCGCGGGUGGUUCGACGCGCUCGUCAUCGGCGACGAGUGCGUCCGCGCGAAGCCCGACCCGGAGCCGUACUUGGUGGCCGCCCGGGCGCUCGGCGUGGAGAUCGCCCAGUGCGUCGUCGUCGAGGACUCGCCGUCCGGCGCGUCGGCGGGCGCGGCCGCGGGCGCCUUCGUCGUGGGGAUGUUGUCGUCGCAGACGCCCGAGGCCCUCACCGCGGCGGGCUGCGCCGCGCUCGUCCGCGACUACCGCGAGCUCGGCGCGCUGCUCGCGCUCGAGCCGGCAGGCCAGGCCUCGCAAGACUCCGUGACACAGGUCUAA